ACAUUUAAAAAAUAAAACAAUAAAAAUAAUUAAAAACAGUAAAAUAAUAAACCAUUGAAUUUAAAAAUGUAUCCUCAAACUUAGAAUGGUUAUCCUUAAGUCUAGAAUAACUAUCCUCAAAAUCAAAAUGCUUUACCUCCAGUCACUUAUCCUCCUAUGUAAAAUCAACCAUUAUAAAUACAGUAAAAUCCAUAAGUUGUAUAAAAUAUGACUUGUAUGUCUCCUUAUCCUGUUUAAACAACAUGCCAUAACUGCAAUAAAACUUUAACAACUACAGUUACAGCUAAAGCAGGAUCUGGUACUUGGACAAUGUGCUUCAUUCUUUGUCUUUUUACUGGUUGUUGCUGCAUUCCUUUCUGUAUGGAUAGCUGCAAAGAUAAAAUUCAUACUUGCCCUAAUUGCUAAGCCUAGCUUGGUGCUUUUGAAUACAAAAUUUGUGGUUGA